AUGGGGACGGCAAAGUGGGGUUUUGCCUUAAUGACAUUGACAGUGCUUCUUAUGUUCUUUACUCGGUGCGAUGGCUGGGGAUUCCGCCACAGUAAUGUUAAAGGUAGGAAGAGAGAACCACAAAGAAUUCUCCUGGACAAGUAUCAAGUUACCUCGGACGACCACGACAGCCAAAACGUGCAGUAUGAUAACAACAGAGAAGAAUACAAGGACCAAACACUGCCCCAGAAAAAGUACGAUACUUACGACAAUCGAAUAGUUCCGGAGAUUUAUUACAGAUCCGGCUUCGACAACUAUAGAUUGUCAUACGACAACUUUAGGGUCAACAACAACAAGCCAAAAGCCCCCCUCGGCAACUAUAGAGCCCCGUACGAUAACCCAGAAGUCCCCCUCCGCGACAACUAUAAAGUCGCUGAUGAGAACCAGUUAGUCUCUAAUGUCUUCGACUACUACAAGAACGCUGACUUCUUAGUACCAGGAAAGCGCCCGCGAAAACGAAGGAUGUCUAACUAA